CCACAUGUUUUGGCGUCAAAAUUGCAAAGAGGAAGGGAAAAAACAUAACAGGAAAAAUUUCUGCUCAACAUUUUAGCGAAUAUAUUUGGUAUAUUGUCGCUGUUGGUCUUAUUUAAGCACAUAUGGAUACACACUCGUAUCUUCCCGUACAACCUGGAGUCGGGAUGGAGGAAAAUUUCCUGUCUCUCGACGAUAUUUUGCUCUCUCAUGAGAGACUUCCAAUCCGGGCAGAUAUCGCUUUCCCGCGGCUUGGAUUCCUGGAGAAGUCGAGUGAUACGCAAGACAUAGCGGAGGGUACAAAGAUGGAGCUACCUCUGUGGUUAUCCAAGGGUCUGUAUGAGAGGAAGAGGAGGGUGCUGUCUGUGGAGCUUCCUAAGGUGUACAGAGAGGGCUGGAGGACCGUGUUCAAUGCUGACCCCAACGUGGUAGACCUACAUAAGAUGGGGCCCUACUACUAUAGCCUGGGAUCCCAGAUGCUACAUUUUGACAGCCCAGAGAACCCAGAUAUUGCACAGACACUGCUGCAGACAUUCAUUGGUCGGUUCAGACGGACAAUGGACUCUUCCCAGAAUGCCUACAACGAGGACAUGUCUGCGCUGGUGGAGCGUCUGGACAGUCUGGAGAAAGGCCUGUUUAGGUCUGGGCAAAGUGGGCUGAACAGUUUCCAGAGCUGGGAGAAGGGUCAGGCCACGCAGCUCACUGCCUCCAGUCUUGUUCUCAACUACCGCAAGAGGAAGAUCACUGAUAUACAGUCCUGAUUCCAACCUGCAGUUAAAAGAUACCGAGUGCUGGUCAGUACUUUGGAGCACAGUGGCAACAGACUGACUAACUUGUGUUUUCUUUGUCUUGGACAACGACCCUGUAUACAUUAUAAAUGUGUUUCCUCCUUAAUUUGUCACAUUGCUCCCACUGCAGAGUGUGUUGAUUAAUGAAUAUAUUGAUUUAUGAUGAGCAUGUGGUUCAUCUAGGAAUAUUCAGCUCUUGUAAUUUUGAUUGUUAAUUGUUUAAAACUAAAAGAUGCCUACCAUUGGCUAGUUACAGCUUUACAAUUGCAAAGAUUUGUUUGUUUUUUCCAUCUUAUAUAAUCACAGAUGGGUAACCUGAGGAUAUUUAGGCAGUUAGUAGGGGUGGGUGAUAUGCACAUUUCUUUGGUAUAUUUAAUUUAAUGUUAAUUCUACCAUGAAGCAGGCCAAACUCAGUAAUCUUUAAAUUGUUUACUAAGCCUACUAAUAGAUCAAAACAUAUAAAAGAAUAGCUACUUCUAUAGAAACAGUAAAGCAAAAUCACCUGUUGACAAAUCCCAAAGUCCAGAUUUUACAAAUAUGUGUAUGGGAUCUUGUUGCAGUCUGCUUCAGCAUCUUGGGAUACAUCUUCAGUUAUGGUCAUGCAAAUCACACUUUGUUGUAUAGUCUUUGGUAAGAUGAGCUUUGAAAAAAACAUCCCAUUUAAAAUGUUUACAAAA